AUGUCCGCCGUCAAAGAAUUCACAUAUCAACCCCUUGCCGAUGGCAUGCUCUUCGGCGAAGCCCCUCGAUACCACAAUGGCCUCUUGUACGUCAGCGACAUGAUUGGCCGCACCAUCUACACCAUCAACCCAAAGUCUGGCGAGAAGACCGUCCUGGCCAAGGUUGACCAGCAACCCAACGGCAUGUUUUUCCAUCCCGACGGGUCGCUCAUCUACUCGUCCAUGUUUGACACCAAGCUCUAUCAGCUCAAGAAUGGAAAGACGACGCUCUACUGCGAUCUAUCCGAGAUCAUGACCGGGUACUGUGGAGACAUGUACAUCGACAAUGUGGGGAGGGUCUACCUGGAUGAUACAGGGGCUCGAGUCCUCCACGGGGAGGACCCCUCGCCUGGUCGCCUCAUCAUGGUAGAUACGGACCGUACUGCCAAGGUUGCUGCAGAGAACCUGGUCUUUCCGAACGCGUUGGUAAUCACUGACGAUGGGAAAUCUCUCUUCGUGGCCGAGACGUUUGGGCAGGGGCUAUUGAAGUUUGACGUGGGGCCUGGAGGCGAGCUGUCCAACAGACAACUCUUCUGGUCUCCCUCUUCUCUACCAGACUUUGCUGAGAAGGAAGCUGCCGGGAAGAUGGUCAAGAUUGACGGCGGAUGUCUGGAUGCCGAGGGCAACAUCUGGCUUUCCCUGCUGGGCUACGACCAGUUCAUCCGCCUCGACAAGCGGGGCAACAUCAACGCUCGAGUUCGUGUGAGCGGACAUGCUACAGCGUGUUAUCUGGGAGGGGAGGAUGGAAAGACAUUGUAUCUAGUGGUCAACCAGGUCCCGGAUGGCGAGAGCAUCUUUACCGCCAUGGUUGCUAAGAAGACGACUUGUGCGGUUGGCUCGGCGAGGGUAGAUAUUGGCGGUCCACGUCAAGAGUGA